GCAGCUCUCCGGCCCGAGUUGUCUGGCGCACAAUCCCUCCAGCAGCCGGGGCGAGAGAGCCACCCAGUCGCCUUGGGCGGGCGGGAGCGACGGCGUCGGUGGAUGCCUCCUGCCGCUCUUAGCCGACUAGGACUGUGGUGGCAGCAGCUGCUCUGCGAGCGGGUCGGGUCCAGCAGCCCGCUGGAGGGGCGCGAUUAGCAGCAGGAGGAGGGGCGGACGGCGACGACGGGGCAGGACCUCGCUGGCCCCUGCUGCCCUGCCCUGGCUGGCCGCCGAAGAAGAGGGCGACGGACUCACCUGCUGCUGCUGCUCGCGCAGCGCCGGGACUAACUUGAGGGGGGAGGCAAAACUUGUCGCCGCCGUCGACGUCGCAGGGCUGGAAGUCCCCGAGAUGCAGGGAGCGCUGAUGUUGAGUCCCAGCCUGGCCGCGCAAAGGCGCGGGAGCCGCGGGAAGCGCACCAUGCCAGGGACGCGGCUGCUGCUCAGCCUGGCUCUCUUCUGCGGCUGCACGCAGCUCCUGGCCGAGGCCAGCUCCUGGUGGUCCUUGGCGAUGAACCCAAUCCAGAGACCUGAGAUGUACAUCAUAGGAGCCCAGCCUGUCUGCAGCCAACUGCCGGGACUGUCCCCAGGCCAGAGGAAGUUGUGCCAACUCUACCAGGAGCACAUGGUCUACAUUGGCGAGGGCGCCAAGAACGCCAUUAAAGAGUGCCAGUAUCAGUUCCGGCAGAGGCGGUGGAAUUGCAGCACCGUGGACAACACGUCUGUGUUCGGCAGGGUCAUGAGCAUAGGUAGCCGAGAGACCGCGUUUACCUAUGCCGUCAGCGCUGCAGGGGUGGUGAAUGCCAUCAGCCGUGCCUGCCGCGAGGGGGAGCUCUCCACCUGUGGCUGCAGCCGGACACCCCGACCGAAGGAUCUUCCUCGAGACUGGCUGUGGGGUGGAUGCGGGGACAAUGUGGAAUAUGGCUAUCGCUUUGCCAAGGAGUUUGUGGAUGCCAGGGAGAGGGAGAGGAACUACGCAAAAGGAUCCGAGGAGCAGGCCCGCACACUUAUGAACCUACAGAACAACGAGGCAGGCCGUAGGGCAGUGUAUAAGCUGGCUGAUGUUGCCUGCAAGUGCCAUGGCGUCUCGGGUUCCUGCAGCCUCAAGACCUGCUGGCUGCAGCUGGCCGACUUCCGCAAAGUGGGCGACCUCCUGAAAGAGAAGUACGACAGCGCUGCGGCCAUGAGGAUCACUCGCAAAGGGAAACUGGAGCUGGUGAACAAUCGCUUCAAUUCCCCGACCCCGGAGGACCUGGUCUACGUCGACCCCAGCCCCGACUACUGCCUGCGCAACGAGACCACGGGCUCGUUGGGUACUCAGGGCCGGCUCUGUAACAAGACCUCGGAGGGCAUGGAUGGCUGCGCGUUGAUGUGCUGUGGCCGGGGCUACGACCAGUACAAGAGCGUCCAGGUGGAGCGUUGCCACUGCAAAUUCCACUGGUGCUGCUACGUCAAGUGUAAAAAGUGCACAGAGAUUGUCGACCAAUACGUCUGUAAAUGAGCCCGCCCAGAGCAACAAAUCUUUAUUAUAUAAAUCUAUAUAAAUAUAUUUUAUAUAUUUGUAUAAAUAAAUAGAUGGUGACGACGAUAAUAAUAAUAAUAAUUAAAGAAGCUUAUUUAAGAGACACUUUUUUGCGGGGGUGGGUGGGUGUCUUAAGAUGUUUCCAUUUGAACGUCUGCCUGGCUGGCUGCUCCUUUUAAAAAUUAUUUAAUUGGGGAGCAAAAUGAGUGGCUUGCGUCCUGGUGCGUGCUGAUUCCCUCCCACCCUUAACACGAGGAGAAAAGGAUGGGCCUACGGCUUCUUCAUUGCCCAAGGAUGUGAUACCUGAUGGCUGAAAUUCAAAUGGGAGUAUGUGCUUCUUGGACACAGUGUCAGGAGAGUGCCUUCCACGCUCAGGUUGAUUUCCAGAAGGACUUGGAGUCUUUUUCUGCUUCAUGUAAAAACACACGGCAGGAUACCAGACUUGACAGCAAAUCGCCUGUGUUCAGUCCUGAACAGUGGCUUAAGGGACGGGGUCCAUGCACAGUGUGGCUGAAGUGCAGAGAGACAGAAAACUGUUGCACAAUGGCAGAUGGUUCCUCUGCCUCCAGUGGAGGAAAGAAAAUAUUUCCUUUCACCUAGAAAGUGCUGCUUUACCCAUCUAUCCUGACAGAAACCCAGCAUCUGGCUCUUUGGCAUUUUCUGGAACGUGGGAGUAGGGGUGUUGGAAUCUACCAAAGCUCUGGAAAAGCAACGGUGUUCUUUUCUUUUGCCUGUUGGUCUGUCUUCUCCUUGUGGAAAAAAACUGGCUGCUGUUUCCUGGGCCUGUUGGAUUGUUUGGGGAGAAACAUGUUCUGUGUGAGUGUCUCUGGACUUGACACACAAAGGACUCAACAAACAGGACACCUCAAUUUUGACUUGGAUGGUUACCUUUCGCACUCCUUUUCAUCCUCCUUGACGCUGUCCUAGAUGUACAGUUUGUUGUCAGCAUUAAAUAUCCCUUGUUGUUGCCCUCUCCUCCUUUGUUUUAGUGAGUGUACUUGUUUUGGGUGGCUGCUAAUGUAUUUCACAACACAGGGGCUGCAGUGCCAAGUUGGACACUGAACUUGGCUUGAACUUAUUGCAGUCAGACUUGAUUCUCGUGUUACUUCUUGCCAUGGCAAAAGUCACAAAGAGGUUUUUUAAGAAACCCUCAAUGUUGCAUAGAGGCUAUUUGGUUUGUAUGCUUCUUUGCAUGGCGAGAGCUGGUUUUCAAGUGGCUAAAGCAAAUGUGUAAUGGUGAAGGAGGCUGCAGAUGAAAUACAUCCAUGUUGUGUGUGUGCUGAGUAUUAAAUUUGCCUUGUAAGA